GGAAGCGAUACAGAGUGCCCAAAGCGUCUAGGGUGACGACCAGCGUGGGGACUUUCUUGCGGUUGGUGAACGCUUUGAAUGCGUCCUUAAAGACAUCUCCCAUCCGAAGCUGAGCCAUGUCGCCUUCGUUCCCCGGAGAUGGACCGCGGAUUGCACGACUUCUUCAUCAGGCCACGAGGCACAACCGCGAUGGGCCGACUGCCGAGCUUGACCAGCAGCUUCGGAAAUGGUGAAGAACCUUUGCUACAAAGGAAAUGUAGGUAUUGGUGGAUGCGUGGGUUGAAAUCGGGGACUGUGGUGAGCUGCGCGUCCUGUUUACAUCAGCAUCGCCAACUAAUCAGUUGUACCAUUUGUAUGUGUCUCGGGGAUCCAUCAUCGACCUGACAUCAGCCGCCACUUUUUCUUGUGCUGCAUUUCCAAUUCGAGCGAGGCAAAAAGCACAACCCGACCGAUCAUCGGACAUUCACUUUCCACGGUCUCCCGCUGAGAAUAUACAAUAAGAAGUGCUUUCUCGCGCUUGCUCUUCCCGCUUGUAAAACACACUCCUUUUCCACCCUUGCGAUCCGAGUCCGCCAAACUGUUUUCCUCAGGUUUCCGUCGUGCGGCCCGCACCACCCUUCAUUCUUCACUCGGCCUCUCUGUCGCCGCGUCGUCCGUUGCCCAGCAGAAGCCGCAAUCGCAGUUAACCCGGAAACUGUCCUCCUCGACGCGUGCCAUGGCGCCGCCUCAUACCAAGGUGGCCAUUAUCGGCUCCGGCCCCGCCGGCCAUACCGCCGCCAUCUAUCUUUCGCGAGCCGAGCUCAAACCAGUCAUGUACGAAGGCAUGCUGGCUGGGGGCACCGCCGCCGGUGGCCAGCUCACGACCACAACCGAGGUGGAGAACUAUCCGGGUUUUUCCAAAGGUAUCGGCGGAUCCGAGUUGAUGGACGAGAUGCGCGCUCAGUCCCUGCGGUUCGGGACAGAAAUCAUCACCGAGACCAUUACAAAGGUGGAUCUGAAAUCGAGACCGUUUCGGUUGUGGAGGGAAUACGAGGAUGGCGAAGAGGACGAACCGGCACACACGGCGGACGCGGUCAUCAUCGCCACGGGCGCAAAUGCCAGGAGGCUGAAUCUGCCGGGAGAGGACAAGUACUGGCAGAAUGGCAUCUCUGCCUGUGCCGUGUGCGACGGCGCGGUGCCGAUAUUCAGGAACAAGCCGCUCGUGGUCAUCGGUGGCGGCGACUCGGCGGCUGAGGAGGCCAUGUUUUUGACAAAGUACGGAUCUCACGUCACCGUACUGGUGCGCAAGGACAAGCUGCGAGCAUCCAAGACCAUGGCGAAGCGGCUUCUCGCCAACCCCAAGGUGACGGUGAAAUUCAACCAUGUCGCCGUCGAGGUCCAGGGCGAGAACAAGCCCCGAGGCUUGAUGACCCAUCUGAAAAUCAAGAACGUGGUGACCAGUGAAGAAGAGGUGCUCGAGGCAAAUGGUCUGUUUUAUGCCGUUGGACACGACCCUGCUACGGGAUUGGUCAAAGGCCAGGUCGACACGGACGAGGAUGGCUACAUUGUCACCAAACCCGGCACGAGCUAUACCAGCGUCCCAGGAGUCUUUGCUGCUGGGGAUGUACAGGAUAAACGGUAUCGACAAGCCAUCACCAGUGCAGGCAGUGGCUGCAUGGCAGCCCUGGAGGCCGAGAAAUACCUCGCUGACCUCGAAGACGACGAGCCGAAUGUUGAAAAGGAAACGGGAGCAAAGAAACCCGAAGUCGACGGUCAAACGGCGCCUGAGUAUAGAACAAACCCCCUCUUGUGAUUUUUAGACAUGAAACCUAGACAUAGAACGCUGCAAUUGAAGCAAUAUUUUAGGUACGGACCACUCCAUCCGGGGAAUUGAUUUAUAUACCGGGAAUGCUGGCUAUACACCCUCGUGUAAUAAUACAGAAGGCCCAUGUGUGCAAAUGACGUGCUUG